AUGAGCAAGACGACCAUUUUGAAGAAUGUCUUUGUUGUCAGCCUUGGUUUCACGUUUCUCUUCACGGCCUUCAAUUCCAUGGCCAACCUGCAGACAAGUCUUAAUAAGGAAGAAGGUGUGGGCGCCUGGAGCAUGUCCACAAUAUACGUGACCAUGAUCUGUUCCUGCAUGUUUCUGCCCAACUUCGUCAUCGGCCGGCUGGGCUGUAAGUGGACCAUCCCCAUGGCCAUGCUGGGCUACAUCCUCUUUAUGUGUGCCAACUUUUACGCUGUCAAAGGCACCAUGAUCCCCUCGUCAAUCAUUCUGGGCCUGGGGGCGGCACCUCUGUGGUCUGCCAAGUGCACGUAUCUGACCCAGCUGGGAGUCUGGUACGCCAAGCUAACGUCCAGGGACCAGGACGCUGUCAUUAACAUGUUUUUUGGCUUCUUCUUCCUCUUCUUCCAGAGCUCUCAGAUCUGGGGAAACCUCAUCUCCUCCCUGGUCUUCACACCAGCCACGCACAACCAAACAUCCGACAGGGAAUGUGGUGCCCAGUUCAACCCUCAUGAUGCGGUGCAGGGCAACAAGUCUAACAACUUUGAACAGUCCCAUGACAAGGUGUUUACAGUGUGCGGUAUCUACCUGGGUUCAGCCGUUGUUGCUGCCAUCAUUGUUUCUAUCUUCCUUGACCCAAUAGUUCUUGACAAGGAAAGAAGUGAAGAUGACAGAAAGCUGAGUCCACGGCUUCUAGUGUCAACUUUCCGACACCUCAUCUCCUCUCCCAUUCAGCUGAUGCUUAUUCCAGUCACCAUCUACAGUGGACUUGAGCAGGCAUUCAUGGGAGGGGAUUUUACCAAGGCUUACAUCAGCUGUACUCUAGGCAUCUGGAAUGUUGGCUACAUCAUGAUCUGCUACGGUGUGGCCGACGCCAUCUGCUCCAUCCUGUUUGGUCGGCUUGUGCAAUAUGUUGGCCAUAUUCCUUUCUUCAUUCUCGCGUUUGUCAUCCACGGAUCACUGCAGAUAACCUUUCUCUACUGGGAACCACACAGGGAGGACAUGCUCAUCUUCUAUGUCUGUGCUGCCCUCUGGGGGAUGGCGGAUGCAGUUAUCCAGACCCAGCUCAAUGCCUUGUAUGGCAGUGUCUUCUCUGGGAAUGCCGAAGCUGCAUUUGCCAACUAUCGACUGUGGGAGUCAUUGGGGUUUGCGGUGACUUUUGCCUACAAUGAUUACCUCCGUACCGACAUGAAACUGUACAUCUGUCUGGGCGUCCUUGGUGCAUCUGUGGUGUGCUAUACGAUUGUUGAGGGACUCCUCUUCAAGGCCAAGACCAAAUCUGCAAACAUUACGUCUCCAUAA